AAAUUUCUAGGUGGUCAUUGGCAAAUACCCACAUAGUUCAGUUAUUUCCACAAAUUUACACAUUUUUUCCAAAUCAAGCUCUAAUUUGUUGGUCAUAAACUUAACCCUUAACUUAUGACAUAUAUAUGGUGUGUAAUAUGUAACAUAUGUAGUACAUUUGGCUACAGUUACUUAAUGUUAUUUGAUUCAUCACCAUAUGCCAUCAAUAUCAAUCAAUUCAUGUUCAAACACCUAUAGAAAUUCAUGUACCACUGGAAGAUAUCACCACAUAAGCAAGUCAAAAUGGAUAUUUUCACUUACCUGUUGAAUGAUGAUUACUAAGACAGAUCCAUGAACGAACAAGCGAGAUUGUUCACCUCUUAAAUCAAAUGACAAAGAAGUUAGAUAAACUUAAAGAAAUACUGAUUAAGAUAUAUAAUUUGAAAAGACCUGCAUGGGACCUUUAGCACAGUAGGUUGGGAGUUGUGAAAACAUUAAUUAUUGGACAUAAAAACAAGAACUCAAGAUUAUAUUCAUCGACCAACCUAAUUUAAAACAUUACUGUAGAUUCAGAAUCUAGUAAAGCUCCAAUCUUUGAGCAGACAAAUGUGACCUUUUAAUCUUGAUUCUGCUUUCUUCAUAUUUAUUUGUUAAUCAUGUUAACAGCCAUUAAUUUACCCUCUUCCCCGAGCUGCCGAUACUUUAACACCCAAUUCUUCGUUCCCAAAUCCUUAACUUUGGCCCUCUCCAUUCAACUUCAAUCUAGGAAUCUCAAGAUCAGUAACUGUCUCUCUCUCAACACACCCGACAAUCAAAGCACCAAUGCAUCCGGAGAAACAGCUGCUGGAAGUGACACCCUUCGAAUCAUAUUGGCUGCAGGGGGCACCGGUGGCCAUAUUUACCCGGCGAUUGCCAUUGCUGACGACCUUAAUGUCCUUGACCCUAAUGCCCAAAUUCUCUUUGUUGGACUUCAAACGGGAAUGGAAAGCACUGCAGUGCCAACAGCAGGAUACUCCUUUGAACCGAUUCCUGCUGCACCGUUAGGCCGGCCCUUUUUCUCUCUCUACAACUUAUUCGUCCUCCCUUUUGUACUCGUCAAAUCCCUAAUUAAAAGUUCCCAAAUACUUAAAGAAUUCAAACCCCAUAUAGUAAUUGGAACUGGGGGGUUUGUUUCAUUUCCAAUUUGCUUAGCUGCAAGUCUCAAAGGCAUUAAACUUGCAAUUCAAGAACAAAAUUCAGUACCUGGAAUCGCUAAUAGGGUGCUUUCUUUAUUUGCAUAUAAUGUGUUUGUUGCAUUUAAUUCUAGUGUUGAUUGGUUUUGGCAAAAGAACAAAUGCGUGGUGUGCGGAAAUCCAGUGAGAUUGUCUUUGAGGCAAUAUGCGUCUAAGGCCGUGGGAAGGCGUCAUUUCUUUUCAAAUGCAGUUGUAGGGAAGGGAGAUGGUAAGGUGGUAUUGAUUCUUGGAGGCUCAUUGGGUGCUAAUGCACUUAAUGUUGCCAUUUUGCAUUUGUAUUCUGAGAUGUUAAAAGAAAGGAAAGACUUGUUUUUGAUAUGGCAAACCGGGGUCUUAGCAUAUGAUGAGAUGGAGAGUCUCGUGAAAUUCCAUCCCCGAUUAUACAUUACCCCGUUCUUGCACUCCAUGGAUUUAGCGUAUGCAGCUGCAGACCUUGUUGUAUCUAGAGCUGGAGCAAUGAUCUGCACUGAGAUCUUAACUGCUGGGAAGCCUAGUAUUCUGAUACCAUCGCCGAAUGUGGCUGAAGGACAUCAAUUUCACAAUGCUUGUCUAAUGGCUGAUUUGGUUGGUUCAAGGGUUAUCACUGAAGAUGAACUUGACUCUCUUACUCUUAAAAGUUCUAUUGAAGAAAUUUUAGAUGAUGAGAGAUUGAUGACGGAGAUGUCUGAGAGAGCUCUCAAGACUGCAAAGCCAAAUGCAUCUGUUGAAAUUGCUAAACACCUUCUUACUCUUGUGAACUCGUCGAUCAAAUUCUGAAUAAUGCUUGCAUUUAUACGUUCAAAGAUUAAAAUCGUAGAUGCGAACUUCAUUUGAGAUAUUUAUUAAUUUGUCCCCCUCCUUGCUUAUCAAUCACAACAACACUCUUAAAAGAAAAUUCUCAAUUUUGUAUAUACAAAUGAGAUAUUUUACUGAACAUGUAUGGACAUAAUUUUUUAGAAUAUGACAAUAGUUCUGUAUUUGCAAUUUUA